AAUGUAAGCAGGACUGAUCUAUUGCUGAGUUUAGGACAGAAAUCCUAAAAUCCGGGAAAACAUCAAAACCAAACCAAACCAAGAUGGCGGAGGGUAAUGGAGUUCUUGUUUCAUUUCAGUUCCAGGUUGGGUUGGUGAGGGAUAGAAUUACAGUUGACACAACAGAUCUUACGCUGAAGACAAUAAAGGUGUUUGCCUGUAAUUUUAUUAAUGAAAAGUUCGCUGAACACGGUGUAACAAGGCUUCCGGAGCGAGUUAUGGUGUACAAGCACGAUUACAACUCCCCUAAUAUUCUCCAGAUGGUGAACAGUGCCUGUGAGGUCCAGGAGGGAACCAUCCUCGAGGUUGUUCUCAACACUCAGCCUCUAGGUGAUGAUGAUGUGGAAAUCCGUCCCCACUCUCUUGCCAUCCACUCCUACAAGACACCAACUUUUUGUGAUUUCUGUGGGGAGAUGUUGUUUGGAAUGUUUAAGCAGGGUCUAAAAUGUGAAUUCUGUGGUUUAAACUAUCACAAGAGGUGUGUCUUCAAGAUUCCUAACGACUGUACUCACAAGAAGAAACGAAGAACAUCAUUUGUAGGCUCAACAGCAUCCUCUUCAACAAGCCUAGGAUACAGCUCAUCUGUCGGAGCAACAUCUAUCGAUGGGUCCAACUUCCUUCUACCUCCAGCUAGAGAUGGAUCGGUCAGCCCAGGAACUAAACGACAUUCAAGCUCGGGAGGAAUCCAUGUUUAUGCUGGUGAUAAAGGAAGACUGAAACGAUCUGCGCAAAAGAUAAAAAAUGUGCUAAAUUCUCGUUCACGAAAAAAAAAGUGUUUUUGCCGAUGUAGGAAAUCCUAUGGUCGACCUGCCUGGGUGGAUAUGCAGAUGGCAACAAGGUUGAAGAUACCUCAUACAUUUGUCCUGCAUACCUACACUAAACCAACUAAAUGCCACUUCUGCAACAAGAUCUUGGUUGGAGUAUUCAAGCAAGGAGUACAGUGCAAGGAUUGCAGGUUUAACGCUCAUAAACGAUGCUCAGAGAAGGUUCCCAGGGAUUGUACAGGUGAGGUUCCUGAUGGAAGUGUGGAUGGAGCAGUAUCUGAGGGAAGUGUGGAGCUGGAGGAGAGGUUUGGUGAAGACUCCGAGGGGGAGGAUGCCAAGAGCAGGGGCUCCCCAGACACUGAGGAAGGGACUGUUGUUACUCCAAGUAACUUUGAAUCUCAUCUUGCCACCCAAGGAAGUUCUGCAGAUUACAUUCCUGUUCAGAGACUUGUUCAGAGUAUUAAGCAUACUAAACGUGUUGGGACUAAGAUCCUGAGGGAGGGUUGGCUUCUCCAUAAUACAAACAAGGAUACUACCAAGAAAAAACAUUACUGGAGGCUUGACUCUAAAUGCAUCACAAUGUUCACCUCUGAUACAGGAAACAAGUUCUACAAGGAAAUUCCGUUGAGUGAGAUUCUCAGUAUCGAUGUUGACGGUGAUAACCCGUCCAGUUUCCAGAUACGUACUGCAAACAUCAACUUUGUGGUCAACCAGGAUACACAGUCUGAGGCUGGUGCUACUGGUAGUGAUGAUGUUUCUGUUCAAAAGUGGGAAACAGCCAUUCGACAGGCACUGAUGCCAGUAGAGGGAGGAGCAUCAGGAGCUGCUAAGCCUGGAGCAGAUAAAUCUGCUGCUGCUCCGACACCUUCAGCUCAGGAGAAGGAGAAGGAUAUCAGCCAGGCGUACCAGAUAUUCCCAGAUGAUGUUCUUGGAUCAGGGCAGUUUGGUAUUGUUUACGGUGGUGUUCACAGAAUGUCUGGAAGAUCGGUGGCGAUCAAGGUGAUCGAUAAAAUGCGGUUCCCAACCAAACAAGAAGCUGCUCUGAAAAAUGAGGUGUCUAUCCUGCAGAAUAUUCAUCACCCCGGAGUUGUCAACUUGGAGAAAAUGUUUGAAACUCCAGAGAGGAUUUUUGUUGUCAUGGAGAAGCUUAAAGGCGAUAUGCUAGAAAUGAUCCUCUCGAGCGAGCGUGCGCGAUUGUCUGAGCGCACAACCAAGUUCUUGGUUACACAGAUACUGGUGGCGCUCAAGCACCUCCACAGUAAGAACAUUGUACACUGUGAUCUAAAACCUGAAAACGUUCUUCUAUCAUCAGAUUCAGAUUUUCCACAGGUAAAACUUUGCGAUUUCGGAUUUGCUCGAAUUAUCGGAGAGAAGGGUUUCCGUAAGAGUGUUGUGGGAACCCCGGCCUACCUGGCCCCUGAGGUUCUUAGGAACAAGGGGUACAACAGGUCCCUGGACAUGUGGUCAACUGGGGUCAUCAUAUACGUCUCUCUCUCAGGAACAUUUCCCUUUAACGAGGAUGAAGAUAUUCAUGAACAGAUUCAGAACGCGUACUUCAUGUAUCCUCCGCAUCCUUGGAAGGAGAUUUCAACGCAGGCGAUAGAUCUCAUUAAUAACCUUCUCCAGGUCAAAAUGAGGAAAAGGUUUUCUGUAGACAAGUCGCUUCUCCAUCCCUGGCUACAGGACUACGACACGUGGAGUGACCUGCGUGACCUUGAGAAGCGUCUUGAGACAAGAUGGUUGACCCAUCAGUCAGAUGAUACUCGCUGGGAGUCACACAGGCCCAGGGACCGCCAUCUUUCUGACGUCACAGAGAAAGUGGGAGGACUUGCAAUGUAACCCGGUAGGACCAACAGUUACAAAUGCCGUCCUUGUUUCUGCCGCAAAUAAUUGCGCACACCCAGUUACCGAAUUUACAUGAUAAAUGUUGAUGCUCCCAGUCUCUCAAUAAUUUUAGCAAAAUCGAAAAAAAAAAUUUUAAAGUGUGCACUUUAACUUUUUACUUAAUAAAAUAUAUUCUUGAUAGAUAUAUUACAAAAAAAAUCUAAGAUCUUACCGUUUGCACUUAUAAUAUUAUUUGUACAGUUAUUGUAAUACAUUGGUUGUGUACAAUGUACAUGCUAUUUAUGUUCUAAUCAAUCUUAAUUGUACAACCUUUUAUGUUUCCAAAUCAUGUGAAUGUUCUUAAUCUAUUUAUGUUAAAAACUUUUAACCCAUUUUUUCAUAAACAUAUCAAAUAUUAAAAAAGUCGCAUUUAUAAAGUAUAUGCAUUGUACAAUUUUAACUUUGAAAAUGAAAAAAGCGACCUAACUCUUAAACUGAUAAAUCCCUUAAAAACUAAAUUUCACGUUAUUUGACAAUCAUAACAUAUAAUAUUUUUCAAAUUACUUUUAAAAACCUAACAAAAUGGCCUAAAAUAUACAUUUCUGGACUGUUGGCCUAUUCAACAAACUGUAACUCUUUGUAUCUAUUUGUAAAUCUAUUCGUAAGUUGUAACAAUUAUGUAUUGUUAAUUAUGUACAUGACGGUGUAUGCAUUAGGCCUAUGUACCAUCAGUGUUAGAGUUUUGUAAUUAUUACUGUUUAUAUUUGUAUGUAUAUGUACAUUCCAUGUAAAAUAAAUUUACCAACCAGUA